UAAUUGCGUAAUAAUUGAUCUUUUAUCCUAGUCUUUUCAACUUAUAAUACUCAUGAAUGAUAUUCGUGCAAUAACUGUUGCUACUAUGAUCACAUUUUGUCAUUUGAGUUAUAUGUUUGUUCUUAAUUAUGCUGGACAAGAAUUAAUAAAUCAUGGAUUAUAUUUUUUCAAAGCAAGCUAUAAUGGACUAUGGUAUGCAGCACCUAUGCAUACUCAAAAAUUAUUAUUAUUUAUAAUGCAAAGAGGAACAAUUAAUACUGUUUUUAUAUGUGGUAAAAUAUAUGUCGCAUCUUUGGAAGGAUUCGCUUCGCUUACGAGUAUGGCAGUAUCUUACUUUACAGUGAUGUAUUCUACGCGCUAAACUAUCA